AUGGCUACCACAAUCCAGCCCUUCGGAGCACAUCCAUCCAAACUCGAUGGCACUCCGCUAUCGUCUUUGCCCAUCACCUUUGAACCCUUUGAUCUGCCCUCAACCAACCAGCGUGUCCUCGGACAGCCUCAUCCUGCGGACACCAUCAUCCCAUUGGCAUUGAAACCCUCUGUUCGUGAUGGCGCCGACAUUGACCUGGACACCGUUGUCAACACGAUAAAGUCGCUCCAAGCCCAAGGCGGCAUCCUGACCGAGGCCCUCGCCCGCCACGGCACCCUCCUUUUCCGCGGCCUGCCUAUCCAUAAUGCCCAGGACUUUAGCAAAUUCGCCCAUGCAUUCGGCUAUCAGCCGCACGAGAUCAUCGGCAUCGUGGUCAACAGACCGGUACUUGCACCCAACGUGGCCCCGGCCAACGAAGCGCCCAAGGACGUGUUGAUCUACAACCACAACGAGUCUCCACAAGUUCCGCACGCCCCGGAAUAUAUCUUCUUCUAUGGUCACCGCGUCCCGGAGAAGGGCGGUGAAACACCCAUCUCGUCGUCUCUGGAACUGUUCUAUCGCGCGCAACAGGAGAUCCCCGAGUUUGUCGCGGAACUCGCCGAGAAGGGCAUCCUCAGCAGGGUCACGUACAAGGUCGACACACAGUACGAGGGCGGGUCGACGUUGAAGCAGGCCUUUGGCAAGGAGAUCCAGGACGGCGACGACGAGGCGACCAAGCGGGCCAAGAUCGAGGCCCAGAUCGCGCGGUAUGGCCGCGGCAAGCACACGACGUGGGAGUGGACCGACGACGGGAGCAUCGUCUUGACGCACCGUCUGCCCGCCAUCCGCACCCAGCCAGAGACAAAUCUGCCAACGCUCUUCACGGGUCUCGCGGCAUAUUACAAGAACAUCCAGCACAACGCCGACAAGGGCCGCAAGAGCGCGGCAGAGCAGCUAUAUGGCGACGGCACGCCCAUCCCGGAGAAGUACGUCGCCCAUCUGGCCAAGAUCACCGACGAGAUCCGCGUACUGCACAAGUGGGAGCGAGGUGAUGUUCUCGUCUACGACAACAUCAUCGCCCAGCACGGUCGACAGCCUUGGGAGGGUGAGCAGGAGGACAGGGUGGUCAUGGCGAGUCUCUUUGACGGGCAUAGAGUGCCGGGUGCGUACGGGAACGAGGAUUGGGCUCAGGUUGUCCAGGCUCUAGAUGGAUGA